CACAUUUCUACCCCAUUCUUCACCAUUCUUCACUGUUUUCUUCCUCAUCCAAUUCAAUCAGAGAAACAAACAAAAAUUCUUCCUCAUCCAAUCAAAGAAACAAACAGAAAAUCCUUACCGAAAAUCCCUCACUAUGAACCUAAGAGCUGAAUUCGCGGCGAACCCCGCGCUUGGGUUCCAAGAUGAACCCAGCGCUUGGGUUCACGACGAACCCCACGCCUGGGUUCACGACGAACCCCACGCCUGGGUUCGUAUCGGAACCCAGGCGCUGAGGUUGCCAGGAACCCAGCACCCAGGUUCGUCGACGAACCUAGGAGCUGGGUUCACGAUGAACCCUGCGCCUGGGUUCGCGCGAACCCAAAUGUGAAAAAAAAUAAAAGAUAAAAGAUAAA